GUCUUGAACUUGCUGCAAAUAAUUGAAAAAUGUGGCGGAAGUACUUCCUUGCAUCGAUUUUAACUUGCCUUCUAUCCGUGUAUCAAGUUGGCAGUUUAACUGAGAAACAAGUUCAAGCAACGGUGAAAAUGGUAAGAAAUACGUGCCAGUCGAAAACUAAAGCUUCCACCGAUGAUAUAGAGAAAAUGCAUUUGGGAGACUGGAAUAUCGAUCGUGAAGCUAUGUGUUACAUGCAAUGUGCCUUAAAUAUGCAUAAACUGUUGAACAAAGAGAAUAAAUUCGACUACGAAUCUGGGAUGAACCAAUUAAAAAUUCUUCCCGAAAGCUUCAGAGGACACACCUUGGAAUGUAUGAAUCAGUGUAAAGAUGCAGUUGUAACCCCAAAUGAUAAAUGCAUAGCGGCUUAUGAAUUCGCAAAAUGCUUUUAUUUUUGUAAUCCGGAGAAGUAUUUCCUGCCAUGAGACGAAAUGCUGAUGGACCCUCACCUAUUCCAUCUCUUAACUGUGUAUAUUUUUCCUCUAUAUUAUUAAAUAUGC